AUGCCACCAUUAGCGAGUGAAGAGCGCAUUGUGACUGUUUUCGCGGAUAUUCACUACUACUUCACAGAGCCGACCCGACGUCCUUCACCAUACCACCAUCGCUUUGACAAAGGCUCUUAUGUGUAUAUCUACCAUGAUGCGGUUCAGAACAAGGCUCGGAUAGAGAUAGCCAAUAACCCUGGAUCUCCAGAGCAAGAUGCAUUUUGUGGAGGACUGAGCAAUGUUCAUAUACGACACUCCGCUCAAUUCCCCACUCUCUGCACACUGACAGUCGACGCACAUGCGGGCUCACCCCAGCAACAACAAUAUCCACAAGAUACCCUCCAGCAAGACUGGCGCCUGCACAAUGGAGAUCCACGCAGCGAUCCUAAGGAUCUCCGCACUUACCCCCGUUUGCAUACCUUGGACAUCUACUUCUGGGCCCAAGAUGACGCAAACGAGUUCCUAGACGCUGCCAUCCGUCUUCUAUCAAAGAAUCAAAUUGAAACAGACCGCGAAGCAGCUACACAACCCCAGCAACCCAUGAGCUCUGUAGUCCAGCAACUGGAAAGCAUCGCAGUCUCAGAUCCAGCUUAUCAAAAUGGCCAAACACCCAACUCACGAUCUGACCCCACCAACACAGCAGAACCAGUCGUCCAGGGACCCCCACCAACCAGCAGCUUUCCCCCACCACCUCCCAGCAGCGCUCCAGUCGACAAUCAGUCACGGGCCGCUCCUCCCCCCGCCGAGGAAAAGAAAGAUGCAGCCAGCUUCGCCCCACUCCCAUACAAUCCAGCUGCCCCCGCCGCCCCAGAGCCAAUACAAUACCGCGAGAAGACCCCGCCACCAGAGGAUGGCGCGGGCGGUACCGGUCUCGCAGCCGCAUUGGCAGCCGACAACGGUGUCCCGUAUACGCUACAGCAACAAGUCCCCGGAGGUGUACCCGGCAUAGGCGGGUUUGCAUCACCGCCCCCUUCAACACCGGGACUGCAAUACGCGGGCCCUCCAGUCGCAGCAUCAUACGCAUCUCCGCCACCCAGCGCGGGUCUACAGCAUUCGGCCUCCUUCUCCACUGCCCGAUCCUCGCUCAGCAGUCCUCCUGGACAGCCUGUUUCUCCAUACUCGCAACCAUUCAUGGGUGGACAAGCAGCCCAGCAGUACACCACGAGCCGACAGGGAUCGAUGUCCUUUGCUCCGCCGCCGCAGGACCCUAACGCCCAUCUGUAUGAUCAGCAGGCUUAUGGUGGUGGCGCUGUCCCUGUUCAGCCGCCGCCUCAGCAUCAGGCUGGGGUGCCCGUGCCGGUAGGCGGAUUCUCCAAUUACUCCUACGACCAGACCCAGGCGCCGCAUCAGCAACAUCAGCGUGCCGGUUCUGAGUAUGAUAUCCAUAGCCAGGUGUAUCGGCCUACUGAGGUGGAGGCUGGAUCUCAUUAUCAGAAAUAUGCCCAGAAGGCUAUGAAGGAUCCUGCGCAGCGGCCGAGGAAACUGGAGGAACGGACGGAGCGGUUGGAGAGUGGUAUGAAUAGGUUCUUGAAGAAGCUUGAGAGAAAGCUUUAA